AUGGGCAGCCCCGCUCUCUGCUCCUUCAGAUUUGCAAUCUUCUUCUCCCUCUCUCUCACAACUUCAUCGUCGCCACCCUCCAUCCUCUCCUUCAAACCACGAUCACCACCGCCAUCACUACCACCUUCAAUCCCAAAAGCCACUCCAUCCGAUCUACUCUCCGUCUUGGGCCCUACAACCCAGUCAUCCAAAAUCAACCCUUUAAUCUCACAACAACUCUCUUCUUGCCUUAAAUUUCUUGUUCCCUUCACCCCCUCAAAACCCAAAACACCAAAAUAUAACAGCAUCAAUGGCUGUUAUAUUAAGCAUAGGAGACUCGGUCCUGAUAGUGUGAUUAGCGUUGGAAGAAGUAAUAAUGAAGAGAAAGAACUCGUUUGGUGGCCACCUGAACCAGUUCUCGAAGUGGCUCGGCUUGCUCUUGAUUCUGGUGGAGACCCUGAUUCAAUACACCGAACUCUGGAUCCUACUGUCUUACCUGUACCUGAUGUUGAACGAUGUAAAGAGAACAAAUGUGAGCUUACUAGGACACCAUAUGGAAGACGGUUCAUAAGUGAGGAGUUGAAUUCUUAUCUUGAAUUUUUGUUUGAGCUUAUCGUUGCUCGAGGACCGUCAGUUGGGUUUAAUGUGUCUUUGAAUCGAUAUGAUUUGUUUCAUGGUCAUGUUUUCAUUGCCAGGGACACAGGAAGACUUGUAGAGAUGCAGAUUGCAUUUCAUGUGAAAAUGUAUCUUCAGUCAGUUUCAAAUAUUAUGACUGUGUCUGGUGUUAUCUCAUUCGUAGGGUUCCAUGCUAGAGAGUACCCAGCAUAUGAUGAAGAAGCAUUUCCAUACAAUACAGGAUAUUGCCAGAAAGGUUCUAAUGUAACUUAUGAUGAUUCUAUGAAUUUGCGAAAUAUUCUCUGGUUGGCUCCAUUGCCAAGCAAUUCCACUAAAGCUUGGGCAGCACCAGGAGUCCUAGUUGUGCUGGAUGCCCGUCCUGAUGGAAUCAUAUACAGAGAUCUCAUACCUGAGUAUGUAAAUAUUGCAAGGACCAUAUAUGAAGAUGAAUUGGGAGAAGUUGUGGUUGAUGUAAACUACUUGAAUGUUGGAGACACAGUUCCCAAUUAUCAGAUCUUCAUAUGCUGA